UCCCAGUUCCUCCUGCUGCAGAUUCCUCUUUACCACUGACUGGGAGCAGGUCAUCCCGCAGGCUGGCAGACCUCCUCUCUGCCACGGGUACAGGUGCAUACUGCUCAAGAUGCCCGCCCAAUCACAGCCUCCUGUGUCGCUGCUGCCACUGCUGCUGCUGCUCUUCACCCUGCCAGCCAGCGGCUCGGACCCUGUAGUCUGCUUCAUGCAGUAUGAAGAAUCCAGCGGCAAAUGCAAGGAUCUCCUUGGGGAAGGCAUCAGUGAGGAAGAGUGCUGUCUCAAUCCUGCCUAUGCCUUUCGGAAAGCUGGCAGCGAGCUCUGCCAGGCAUGCAGGUCCCCAAAAUGGUCCCAGUGGUCUGCGUGGGCGCCCUGCUCAGUGUCGUGUUCUGAGGGUUCCCAGCUGCGGCACCGGCGCUGCAUGGGCAGAGAUGGGGAGUGCCCAGAGAAAGCAGCUCCAGGGAGCCUCCAGUGGGAACUCCAGGCCUGUGAGGACCAGCCGUGCUGUCCCGAAAUGGGUGGCUGGUCUGACUGGAGUGCCUGGCAGCCUUGCUCUGUCACCUGCUCCAAAGGGACUCGGACCCGUAAGCGAGCAUGUGAUCGCCCUGCCCCCAAGUGUGGGGGUCACUGCCCAGGAGAGGCACACGAUUCGGAAGUCUGUGAUACCCAGCAGGUCUGCCCCACCCACGGGGCCUGGGCUGCCUGGAGUCCCUGGAGCACGUGCUCGGGUACCUGCCUCGGCGGACCUCAAUCAGCAAAGGAGACAAGAAGCCGCAAAUGUUCUGCACCUGAGCCCUCCAAGCAGCCGCCAGGGAAGCCCUGCCCAGGGUCAGCCUAUGAACAACGGAGCUGCACUGGCCUGCCACCCUGCCCAGUGCCUGGAGGUUGGGGACCAUGGGGCCCUGUGAGCCCCUGCCCAGUGACCUGUGGCUUGGGUAAAACCCUUGAGCAACGGAAAUGUGAUCAUCCUGUGCCCCAGCAUGGAGGCCCCACUUGUCCCGGUGAUGCCACCCGGACCCACGUCUGCAAGACAGCCACACAUUGUCCUGUGAAUGGAGAGUGGGAGGACUGGGGAAAGUGGAAUGAAUGCGUCCGCCACGGCAUGAGCUCCAUCAAGUGCCAGGAAAUCCCAGGCCAGCAGACACGCAGUAGGACCUGCAAAGGCCGCAAGUUUGAAGGACAGAGAUGUCCUGGAGAUAUCCAGGAUAGCCGGCAAUGCUACAACAUCCAGAACUGCCCCUUGAAAGGCUUCUGGUCUGAGUGGAGUACCUGGGGGUUGUGCAAGCCCCCUUGUGGAUCCAACCCCACCCGCACGCGCCAGCGCCUCUGCACAGCUCUGCUUCCUAAGUACCCGCCCACCGUUACCUUGGUCGAAGGUCAGGGUGAGAAGAAUGUCACCUUCUGGGGGAGACCGCUUGCAAGAUGCGAGGAGCUGCAAGGGCAGAAGCUGGUGGUGGAGGAGAAACGGCUUUGUCUACACGUGCCUGCCUGCAAAGACCCUGAAGAGAAACCCUGACCCCUGCCCCUUGUACUCUGACCCACUGAUCUCCCACACCUCAAUAAAGCAGUACCUGAGA